UUCGCAACAUUGGUUCUGCCGGCAUUCUCUGUUACGCAUGGUCACACCAGACUGAUGCUCUGGGCUUCACUUCGUCUGCCGCUCGACGCCCAAUAGUUACAGAAGGUACUCCAUACAUCAUGUCUUCAGAUCACGGCCCGCCAGACGUGGCCGACAUCUCUUCGCCGGCGUCGGCACCGGCCACGGGCGACCCUCGCGCGCCGCCCGUGUUUGCCUUGGCAGGACUGCUGGAGCCCGGGUUCCUCUCGGUGAUCUUCAGCGCGCUCUGCAUCAUAUGGCUCGGCGCUCAUGGCUCGAUCCGCCGACCGCCUUCUGCGGCUCCGACAAAGCUCAAGAAAGGCGAACGGCGGCGCAAAGAAGACAAGUUUGUCGAAGGGCUGGCCGCAUGGGAUGCCGUCAUGUACCCGAUUUGGGGCGCCGCCGUCCUGGUCGGGCUCUAUUACCUGAUCCAGUGGCUCCAGGAUCCGGCUCUCUUGAGCAAGAUUAUCCGGGUCUACUUGUCCGCCAUGUCCGUCACCGGGCUGACUAUGCUCAUGGGUGAUGCGCUGGACGUUUUGGUUAGCAUGGUUUUCCCGGCCAUGUGGGCGGAUGGGAGCGGGCGCGUCUACCACAUCGUGCCGGAGCGCCGCUGCCAAGUCGUGCUGAACCGGGAGACGGGCGAAGAGACCGAAGUCGAGGGAAGAGAUACACCGCUUCCCGGCUGUCUGGCCGGCGUGGUGCGGUCGGAAGGGGCCCGGCAAUGGCUGUGGGACCUGCGCCACUAUCUCAUCGAAGAAUGGACUGUCCGGCUCGUUGUGAUAGGCACGCCUCUUGUCAAUGGCGGCAUUCGAUGCGUCGAUCUGCUUGCCUUUGCCAUCGCCGGGUCGAUCGCGGCAGCCUAUCACUGGACUGCCUCCCAGGUGCUAUCCAACCUUCUCAGCAUGUCGAUGUGCUACGCCACCUUUAGACUCGUCACUCCUACGUCCUUUCCGAUCGGCACCAUGGUCCUCGCCAGCCUCUUCGUCUACGAUGUUGUCAUGGUAUUUUACACGCCUUUCAUGGUAGCUGUUGCUACCAGCAUCGACGCGCCCAUCAAGCUGGUUUUCACCAGCGCCAAAGGCGCCAGCAUGCUCGGGCUCGGCGAUAUCAUCCUGCCGGGUAUGCUCAUGGCCCUCGCGCUGCGCUUCGACCUGUUCCGGCACUAUGAAAAGCAAAUCCAGCUGCGCCCGGUCCGCCUCACGAGGACGGAAACGUCCCCUGCAUCCUCCGCCCAAGCAACCACCAGCCCUACCAGCAGCAGCACCACCACCACCACCACCACCACAACAACAACAACAACAACAACCGCCACCCGCCGCAUCAAAGCCCCCUUCAUCGACCCCCGGGGCCAAUGGGGCAACCGGUUCUGGACGACGCCGCUCGGCCGCCUGGCGCCGGUGCGCGAGGCGCGCGAGCCCCUCGCCGCGACGGCGUUCCCCAAGCCCUACUUCUACGCCUCGCUCGCCGGCUACGCGGCGGGCAUGCUGGCCACGCUGACGGCCCUGGUCGCGUUCAACCACGGCCAGCCGGCGCUGCUGUACCUGGUGCCCGGGGUGGCCGGGGCGGUGUGGCUGACGGGCUGGUGGCGCGGGGAGCUGCGGGCGAUGUGGGAGUACACGGAGGACGGGAGUCUCGAUACGGAGGAUGUGGUUGUGGUUGUGGAUGCGGACGGGAAGGUCGUGGGGAAGGAUCGGGAGGGUGAAGACGGGGUGGGACGGGGGGCAAAGCAGGAGGAUGGAAAGAGGAGGGGGUGGCGAGCGGAGGGAGCGGAGUAAGGCGCGGCCGUAUGAGUUGUUUGCGCUAUAGAUUAUGGCUCCUCGCUCGGCUGGUGCACUUUCUAGAGGACAGGUUGUGUCUGGGUCUUCGGUGUGGAUGUGGUUUGUCCUUGGUGCUUACAAAAAAGCCAUAGAGCUGUACAUGAGCGUUGCUUUCGAGUUUUUCUCUUCAGAAACACCCGCACCUUCUCCUCAUGACGUGAUUAAACUGGCGAAGAGAAUACAUUUGCCGUAGCAUACAAAUUUCAAUUCUCAGGGAUUGCAUUGGCGGGAAGGGAGAUGCGGAGAUGGUCCCUCGGGGGAACAACCCAUGAUCAUGCUUUGCAGAC